AUGUUUUCGAGUUUCAAACUACAGAAGAAAGGCAAGGAAGAGAGUUUGUAUUGUUACAGGAGCGUCAAAACCAAACCGCCGAAGACACCGACGCUGUCGCGCGUCAAACGGCAUCAAAGGCGUCGUUCAGAACCCGGCAUAGUACCAUCAAUCGUGGGCUUCACAAAAGACUCCGUUGCCCACGAGUCUGAUCGCUUAGCUCCAGGAGACAGAAUUUGCAGUGUUAAUGGAAUUUCCACUGCAAGACUGACAAACGAUGAAGUGCUGCGCUUGUUGGAUAAUGUUGAGGAACGUGCAUCACUUGAAGUAGAAUAUUAUAUGCCCAAUUAUGCCUCCCAGAAUUCACUUUAUAUAACGACGAAGUUAGCUGAAGUUCCGGUAGAGAAAAUAAAUGGCUCAUUAGGUGUAACCAUAAGGGGUGGCCUACCCGAGAACUCGGCGCCGAGCGCAGACUUAGUAUUAAAUAGCCGGUCGUUAGAUGCUCUACCACUAGUUGUAACUCACGUGAGGCCAGGUGGUGCAGCUUACAAUACUUCUAGGAUAAAGCCGGGCGAUAGACUGUUAAAAGUGGACCAUAUAUCAUUAACUAAUAAAACAUUGUCAGAAGUUCAUCAAAUUUUACAAAAUUGUCCACAAGUUACAAGUCUUACAAUAGAAUAUGAUGUAUCAAUAAUGGAAUCUGUGAAAUUGGCCACCGGUCCACUACUAAUAGAAAUAGAAAGACCGUGUAAUGAAGAUUUAGGUUUAUUUUUAAGCAAUCAACGUUACUCGGAUGAUGUUUACAGCUCUGGUUCGGACACAUACCAAAGGGUUGGAACAUGUAAUGCAAUAUAUAUAGAUAGCAUACUACCGGCGAGUAUAAGUGACAGGUGUGGGGCAUUACACCCUGGUGAUCAGUUGCUAGCGUUUGACGAUCACGUAAUAGAUGGAAAUAACUACACUGCAGAAGAAGUCAUGUGUUAUUUAGAAAAUUGUGAGGCUGGAUUCACAAGAUUACACGUUGCGCCCAGGCACGUAUUGGCUCAUGGAGGAAGAUAUACUAGAGAGAAUUCAAUAUCCGGAGCAUCAACACUGAAUACUAAAAAACAUCGUCAAAGAAAUUAUAGGCAAAGUUCAAUGCCAAAAUUAGGCUUACAGGAUGACUAUGACAACCAGCAAAACUACAUGAAUUUAGGAGUUUGUCGCACAGAGUCAUUAAAUAUACAAUUAGAUGUACCGCCUGGACAUAACAGUGGUCUGGCUGUUCAUGAAGAAAAUUCGAUACUAAUUAUAUCUCAUGUUGUACCGCAAUCACCUGCUUAUAGGUCAGGUUGCUUGCAAAUCAGAGACCGUGUAAUGUCAAUCAAUGGUCACGAAAAUCUGACUGCGGACGUAGCAAAUGAAAUUUUACAGCGAAGAAAUGACUCGCAUAACCCUAAAUAUUUAACCUUGAAUGUUGAAUUUAGUAUGCCUAACGUUAUUGAAGCGUCCAGUGGUGUAUUCAGUGUUAAGCUUGCAAAAACAUCCGCAGGACUUGGAGUUACUAUAACUGGUUGCAAACAAAAAUUACUCAGCAACGAGGAGCCGAUGAUGAUUUCAGAUAUUAAACCUGGGUCUGUCGCUCACCGAAGCGGAGCUCUUGCCCCGGGGGACCAACUGCUAGCAAUAAAUGGACAACCGUUGCAUAAUUUAUCACUGGAUACAGCAUUUAAUAUUCUUCAAAAUUCUCCCGAUGAUAUUAUUACAUUGAAAAUAAGAAAACGAGAUCUGACAGAAGAUUGGUGUAAUGUUCACAAGCAUAACGCUAAGUUAACUUUGCAAAGUUUUAGUAACAUAGAAACAAAAGCAGUCAUACACAGUGGUGACGAUUCUGGUCACCACACUGACAGUCCCAAUAACAGUGCUAAAGAUAGUGAGAGAAGCCAAGGCAGUGACAAUGCAAAUGCAGCAGUGUUUAUCGUUGAGCUGAUAAGACAGGAAAAUGGCCCAUUGGGUUUGACAAUUGCUGGUAGUGAGGAUGUAACGCAACCUAUUUUACUUAGUGGACUUGUAGAAGGUGGUCUAGCAGAAAUGUGUGGUAAAUUGGCAAUAGGUGAUGAAUUAUUAAGCAUAAAUGGUGAGAGUGUACUUAACAAACCGUUAUCGGAGGCUAUUAAGCUUCUGCAGCAAAGUGGAAUGAGAGUGCAACUUCAAUUGUGCCGAAAAGUUACGGGUCCUUUGGAAAGUUCCGAGACAAGUGUAAGAGAUUCCAGUCAUUCUACCUCCAGCCCAGGUUUAUCUAAUGAUAGUGCAGUUGAAUCAUGGGAUCAGAACACACCAAUCAGAACUAGUGCAAACUGUGGUAAUUCUGAGGUAAUAGAAUAUGCAGUACCAGACAAGAGUCGUAUACUAGAUAAGCAACCCUAUUCACCAACAGAUGAAGACAAACUGAUGGCUUGUAGCUUCAAUUCAGCCGCUCCAUACAGCAUCAAUGAUUUACCUUUGCCUAACUAUUCGCUAAAUAAUUCACUUAAGACUUUCCACUAUGAAAACACGUGCAUCAUUCCAGAGAAUACUUUGAAAAAUAAACAGAACAUUACCAGAGAGGAUGACGUCCAUCAAAUUGAAAUUCUCACAUCAACUAUGAAAGACUGUCAGCUCCACAAUAUGGAGAGGUCGUCAUGUAAGUGUGAGUAUGUCCAGAUGGGUCCAUAUGGAAUUGUAUCACCGAAGAGUAGAAGAGCAAACUGGGAAAACGAUUACCUUAACAGUGGGAUCUAUACAGUAACAACACCUCAGAAAUCGCCAUUGAAACCUAACACCCCUGGAACAAGUUUCCAAUUUUCAACUAGCCCCAUCUAUGAAAAUGAUGUUCCAGGUCUCUAUAGUAGUGAAACUUUAUCUCCUGCUCGAGGCUCGGUUCACCACGUGAUUUUGUACAAAGACGCUAUCUACGAUGAUUACGGAUUCUCGGUGUCGGAUGGAUUGUAUGAGCGCGGCGUGUAUAUAAAUCGGAUCAGAAAGGGCGGUCCGGCCGACAUUGUGGGAUUACUGAGGCCAUAUGACAGAAUUUUGCAGGUGAAUGGAACGCGAACGGUAGACUAUGAUUGCUGUCUGACUGUACCGUUAAUUGCUGCCGCCGGAGAUAGACUAGAAAUUGUUGUUCAACGGCUCGUUACUUCAAAGGACCUCAAGAAUCAGCGUUCGGACGACAGUUCCAGUCCCAGUGAUAGUAGUAUUGUGACAAAAACUAUUUAG